GUUCCGUUAUUAGUGGCUGCUGUGGGACCACGGCAGCCUGCGGGUGAGCGGUUCUGGGGGACGCUGUGAGCUUAGCAGUGAGUUGAGAUUUUGCUCCUUCCAUUGUGGGAGAUGAUGGUCCUGCACGCUGGCACCUGGAGGCCAAUACACAGUGGCCUCUCCUUGCUCAGACUGUGUUUCUUAGACAGCGUGCUCCAGGAGGAUUCUUGUAAAUGGCCUAGUUUUAAUGCAGGGGAGGGGGAAGGCCGAGAACCACCCACUUAGGAGAGCUACUUCUUGUGUUUUGUUUUAAUGCACAUUUUCAUGGAUCAGGGGAACCUAUGUGGGUUGGCACCAUGGUAGCCACUGUCCAUGUGUCACCAAGUCUCACAACACUCAUUUCUUCAACAGUGAACAUAGUGAGCAUCUAUACGCGCGAGACCCUGGGCUAAAUGCCAGGAUAAAAGGCUGAGCAAGACACCUGCCCUCGAGGAGGGUUCAGUGGCAGGGUGCUAGCCCACUGACCCGCCGGUCAGAGGUGAGAUACGCUGAGAUGGGGCCCUCGGUGUGCUGUCAAGGCACCUUCCCGCUCGUAACCCUGUGAUCUAGGCAUUAUUGUUGCCAUUUGGGUAGAUAGGAAACUGGGGCUCAUGGGGUUAAGUUAUUUGCCCAAGUCACAGAGCUAAUGAGUGACAAAGCUGGGAGUUGAGCCCAGAUCUUUCUGAUUCCAGAGACAGAAGUGUUUGGUCCAUAUCGCCAGUGACUCACAAAGCUGGUGCAGAGCAUGAGAAUCCCCUCAGGACCUUUGUAAAAAAUACAGAUUUGGGGGCCCUGGCCCUGCUGUCCCAGGGGUGAGGAGCGCUCUGCUGAACCAGGCGGCCCUGAGGUGUAAGUGAGGCCUGGGUGCUUCCUCGGCCUCGUGCCUCAGGAUCCGCCCUCCCUUCCUUGAGGUGUGGCAGGGCCUGCCUGUGCCAGGGACAGGGCUUUUUGAUGCGCUUAACCCAGGCUCCUGGGUGAAGGCCACUGAUGUUGCUUGCCUCACGACAGUAUUGGGAAGAGUCCGUCUAGCUGUUCAGGUAUUUUCGACAUUGGGAAUCCCCGUUCACGUAUCUUCUCCCCAAAGAUCCCUCGGACUGUGCCUCCAGCUUCGUGAAACUGCAGUUGCUGCUAUACCUGUCCCUUUGGUGCCCCUGGGGCCGGGAUGAUGUCAGCUGUGCCAUCUUCAGAGAGAAGACACGGUUCAAUGUGCAGACCUUCUCCCUCUCCAGCAUCUCCACCCUCCAACUCCAGGACAUCACUGGUACAGGUGAAGACAAAAGCCUGUCUCAGCGGCCAUAACUCUGCCAGCAGCACCUCAAAGCCAUUCAAAACGCCCAAAGACAAUCUACUUACCUCCAGCAGCAAACAGCACACAGUCUUUUCUGCGAAAGGAUCAAGGGACAAACCAUGGAAAGUGAAGCACAAUAAAACAAGCGUUCCGGUUCCUGUAGUCAGUUUAGAGAAAAUUCCUAACCUAGUGAAGGCAGAUGGUGCCAAUGUCAAAAUGAACUCUGCAACCACCGCUGCGGUCACCGCCUGCUCCACCUCGACCUCGGCUGUCUCCGCCCCACCCUUAAUUAAGCCGGUCUUGAUGUCCAAGUCAGUGCCACCUUCCCCAGAGAAGAUCUUAAAUGGCAAAGCAAUUUUGUCCACCACAAUAGACAAGAAACACCAAAAUGGCACCAAAAACAACAACAAGCCUUACAGGAGACUUUCAGAGAGAGAAUUUGACCCAAAUAAACACUGUGGAGUAUUGGAUCCCGAGACAAAGAAACCUUGCACAAGAUCCCUCACCUGCAAGACACAUUCGCUAAGCCAUCGGAGGGCAGUCCCGGGCAGGAAAAAGCAAUUUGACCUCCUUCUGGCGGAACACAAAGCCAGGUCCCGAGAAAAAGAAGUUAAAGAUAAAGAGCAUCUUCUGACUGCAGCGAGGGAAGUUCUUCCAAACCAAUCUGGGCCGGCACAGGACCCUCUGCCAGGAUCUUCAGGGAGCUCUGGGCCAGAACCUAAAGUCACAUCCCCUGCAAAAUCCAGGCCACCUAACUCUGUGCUUCCUAGACCAUCAUCUGCAAAUAGCAUAAGCAGCACCACAUCUUCAAACCACAGCGGCUGCGCUCCGGAAGCCCCUGUGCCCCCCGCUGCAGGUGACCUCGCCAGCCGACUGUCAAGUGAUGAAGGGGAGAUGGAUGGUGCCGACGAAUCCGAGAAGUUAGACUGUCAGUUCUCCACCCACCACCCUAGACCUCUUGCGUUUUGCUCAUUCGGGAGUCGCCUCAUGGGACGAGGGUACUAUGUGUUUGAUAGAAGAUGGGAUCGUUUUCGAUUCGCACUAAACUCCAUGGUAGAAAAGCACUUGAAUUCACAGAUGUGGAAGCACAGAAACCCGAGCCACAGGGCGUCAGGUCCCUCCCCCCUUUUCAGGACUUGCCUAACCAACCUACUGUCACUGAGCAACAUUGGGGCUGCCUGGGUGUCAACUCUGGAGAGCGUAGCACCCCGCUGCCCUCUCAACCUCGCUGCCCAAACCCCAGGCCCGGACGGGCCCGAACCUGGAGGGAAGGCAGCCGAUGAGGGCGUGGAAGACAUUAGGAAGAAAAGGAACGGCCAAGACUCUUUUUUCUUUAACAAGCAUUUAACUCUGCAUCAGGAGACGCCAACACAGUAUUCUCUUUCAGCCAGGAAAAUCCCUCCUGCGGCAGAUAGCCCCAUGCCCUCGCCAGCAGCCCACAUCACCACCCCGGUUCCAGCAUCCGUGUUACAGCCCUUCAGCCACCCCAGUGCUGUGUAUCUGCCUUCAGCUCCCAUCAGCUCGAGACUCACCUCUUCUUACAUCAUGACAUCAGCCAUGCUCCCCAACGCAGCUUUCGUGACAUCGCCGGACCCAAGCGCCCUCAUGCCACACCCCACAGCUUUCCCUCAUGUGGCCGCAACCCUCAGCAUCAUGGACUCAACCUUCAAGGCCCCAUCCGCCGUGUCCCCGAUACCAGCCGUCAUCCCUUCCCCAUCCCACAAGCCAUCCAAAACCAAAACCAGCAGAUCCUCAAAAGUCAAAGACCUGUCUGCGCGGAGCGACGAGCCUCCAAGUAACAAAAAGAGGAAGCCGCAGUCGUCGACUUCCGCCUCGUUCUCCUUGCAGACACCCCUCCCGUCCCCCUUGUCAGGGCCCCACAAAAAGAACUGUGUUCUGAACGCCAGUUCCGCUUUGAACUCCUACCAGGCGGCUCCACCCUAUAACAGUCUGUCCGUGCACACCUCCAACAACGGGGUGAGCCCACUCAGUGCCAAACUGGAGCCCCCAGGACGGACCUCGCUGCCCGGCGGGCCCCCGGACAUAGGGAGACACCUGGGCUCCGUGGGCGGCAGUGACUCCUGUCCCCUGGCGGUGCCCUCCCUCGCAGGCGACCUCUCUCUGGCCUCACACAAUGCCGUGUCUUCUCUGCCCCUCUCUUUUGACAAAUCAGAAGGAAAAAAGCGUAAGAACUCGAGUUCUAGUAGCAAAGCCUGUAAAAUCACUAAAAUGCCUGGUAUGAAUAGCGUUCACAAAAAGAACCCGCCCAGCCUUCUCACACCGAUGCCCGAUCCCGUUAACAGCACCUCCUCUCGGCAGGUUGGGAAAAAUAGCAGCCUCGCUCUGUCACAGUCCAGCCCUUCCAGCAUAUCCAGCCCAGGACACAGCCGACAGAAGACCACAAACAGAACGGGCAGGAUAAGGACUCUUCCAUAACAAGACUAUGAAGCCACUUCCAAUCCAAUGCCUGGCCUCCGGUCCCACCCAAGGGGCCAAGGGGGCAGGGAGUGGGCAGUGGGGGAUCCACUUCCUGGGCCCGCCUGUGGCUCUGGCCUUUCUUUUUCUUUUUUUAAUGACCAAUUUUUAGUUUUGGAGAAAAAGAAAAAGGCAAAAGAACGUGAAUUUGAGAUUUACAGAAAACAGUACCAGUGUUUUGUUUUCGUUGUCUUUCGUUUGCCACAUGUACACAUUCUUCCAAGCUUGGGGCCACUCCUCCAGCUUCUGAUUCAACUACUGCACCGUCGUCUUGCUCCAGCCACGAGAGCAGACGGUCGGGAUGUCAGUUCCCGGUUGGCAUCAUCGGAAACUCGAACUUUAGCACGUGCAGUGCUCCUUUCCUUGCCCUCGCCCGCCCGCCCAUCCCUUCCCACCCAUCCCCUCCUACCUGCCACUCACUGGGUCCCCAAGGCCAUCACAGGAAGUUGCCUCUCAUAAGCUCACCUCUAGACGCUGUGCUGGGGAGGGGCUUUGCUGGGGAGCAGCCGAUGGUUGGGGAGCGGAGAACAGAGGCAGGAGGGUGGCCGAGCACACUCAUCAGGUUUCUAGGGCGCACCAGGUCCACUGUCCAGCUGUGCAGCUCAGAGAGGAUCUACUGGGUCAGGUCUGGACCGGGCCUGGGAGGUGGCAGGAAGCAGAGAAUGAGGGUAGGAGAAGCUAUCCCUCAAGAGAUAGUGGGGACGGGGUGGCUGUGGUCAUCUGAGCUUGUUAGGAAUCCAGGCUGCAAAACCCCUUCCUGGGUGCCAUGUGCAAGAGCCCAAAGCUGGGCAAGCCAGAGAGGGAAGCACCCCCGGGAAAGGGCAGGGGACCCCAGGAAGCCACUCUGAAGAAGGCACGGUGCCCACAGCUGUGGACAUUCUCCAGCCGCCCUCCAGGGCUGAGCAAGAGAAAGAAGGAGGGAAGGAAGGAUCUGGGGGAAAGCUUCCAUGGAGGGCUGUGUGUCAAACGCCUGGUGAGAAUGAAGACUAGCCCCGCCCACCCGCCUCUGGGCCCUGGGCCCCAAGGCCCUGUGACUCAGCGCCCCCCAUAUCAGGGUCCGCUGGGUUAUCAGAGGCCCAGCUCAGAGACAGCCACCCCGGGAAAGAGUGGUAAGGCCAUGCUGGAGCCCCACAGCUAUGAAAUUGUUCACACUGGAGUUUGAAAGAAACGCCAAUACUGUAAGCUUUAACCAGGAAUCAGUCCGGAAAGUAACUCACAGUAUAAAGUAAGUGUUCUGUGCUGUUCAUCAUGUAACUUGGCGAGCGAUGCAACGGCGCAGGUAGUAGGAGUGCUUGCUUCAUCCCUACAUGAGAAAGGAAAGCCGGUGUUGCAGCUGGACACACACCCUCAUCCCCACCCUGAAGUUUCCCUUCCCAUCCCCACCCCCAUCCCAAAGAUCAGACUACUGUUAAGUUUCAGCACGGAAUUGAAUUUCACUAAGACGGGAGGCUAGCGGAGUGAUUUGCAUCAAUGAAAUUGCACUGACAGUGUUUCUUCUAGGAUUACUACAAUUUUUUUAAUAUAAAAUGAAGAUUUUUUAAAAUCAUGAGUUGAUAUUAGGUACCAGGACAUUAGUUCAGAUGAUUUCAUUUUUAUUUCUACAGUGUUAAAAGUGCACUUAUAUGCUGGUUUAUUUACAUCUUGGGAAAAAGAGACUGCAAAUUGAAGGGAAGAUUGUUACUUUUUCUUUUUUUUAAAAAAAAAAAAGGUUAAGGCAGAUUUAAGACUUAUAAAUGUUUAAGAAAUUAUAAACAAGAUUAGAACCUUUGAAAAAAAAGUUUAGAAGAUAUUCUUAAAGUAAAUUUUUAUAGUGUUAAUUUUGUAAUAAUUUAUGUUUUACUAUAUUACAGAGCUAACUGACCAGAAUAGUUUCAGAAACAAUAUGAAACUUAGGAAAGUUUAAGCAAUGUUUAUAUUUUUAAAAUGUUCUUUGGAUUAUGUUUUUAUUGUACAUUUCUUCAGACUGAAAAGUAUGUACAUAUCUGUUAUUUUUGCACAAUUUUUGUCUUGUUCAGUUUUAGACGUCUGUGUGUUGUUGUUUUUUUUUAUAAUUUAUUUUGAGUUGUAAAACUUGCAGGAGUAAAAACAAAACGAAAAAAAUCUCAGCAACAAAAUAACCCUCUGAUCUAUAAACUCUUAACAUCCAAAGAGGGAAAACGAAGGUCGAGAGAUGAAGUGGCUGCUUCUGCGAAAUAAUGUCUGGACAGGGACUAAAGGAGCAAUUCAAUCAUCGGCGUAAACGUUUUCGCUCUCUACAUCUUGAAUUGCAAGCUGGGAUAGAGAGGCUCCCCACCGAAUGCUGCUGACUUGGUGAAAGACUGGAUCUGACCAAGGCGAGGACAUUUCUGGAAAACUGAGCAAAAAGGGAAAACCCACGGUGUUUCUUCCUUCACAGUCAACCACAGGUUUACUUUAUAACAAUGUAUUCGAAACUCACAGCUUGAAAAAAUGGAAUGCAAAUAAAAGGUUUUCUAUGGUUUUGUUUUAAUGGAGUUCAACUGGACCAGCCUCUAAAGCACUAUUCGGGUGAUCAAUCCCCUUUGGGUACUUCUUGUUCUGCCCACCCCACUCAACCCUCUCUCCCAGCCCCGUGACUGCACACCCCACACCCCCUCCAUUUGCCCGAAGAUCUCGCGACUUGUCGCCAGCCACAGAGGCUCGAAAGCUCUGGUUGUUAAGCAUAGCGCAAUGCAUAGACCCGUCAGCCAUAAAAACAAAGCGACUUGGAUAACUUGUAUGCCUUCUUUUGUAUCAAAGUACCAAUUGUAAAUAACGCUGAUCAACCUUUGUAGAGAAUAGUUUAUACAGCAUAUUCUAUUAUUGCUGAUUCUCAGUGAACUCUUGUUUUGAAAAAAGGAAAAAAAGAAAUUUUCUAUUUACACCUUCUAUUUUGUUAUGCUGUUGGCCCAUGGCACUUUAACAAAACUGUGGGUUUUACGUAGCUGGUCAGUCAUGGGGUAUAUUAAAUAACUGUUGUUGCACAGACAAGAAUUUGCACCUGCUCAUUUGUCCUUUCCUACUACCGACUUCAGAACCUUUUCCAGAAGAAUUUUGAAGAAAGCAUGUCCAAGCAUUCUAAGCAAAUGCCACACUUGUGGAGUGGGUUUCUCCUUUUCUACGAUCCGCAUUUUGUAACACUAGGUCUUUUCCUUCUUUGUCCCGCACCUUUAUGUGUUAGCACUAUCAGAAUUCAUUCCAUGCCUGUGAUAUUGUAAGAAUAAAUGUCUAAAGUAGGUGUAAAUAGUAAACUCUAUGGCUUACAGUUUUAAAAAGGAAAGAACAAACAUGUAUCUAUUGAUACCGCCAUGGUUCCGCACCAGGCCUGGAGACAUUCUCCAGUGAGCGAUUUGUUUUUUUGGCUUUUUUUUUUUUUUUUUUUUUUUUUUGUAACAUGGCUUUGUAAAUAAAAUAAUUUAUAUGUUUGUAAAACAAAGUCUUCGGGUUUUCAUAAAAUUUAGAUUUUUGUUA